CCGUUACCGGGGACCGGGGGGGUGCGGGGCGGCGGCGGCAGCGGGCCCGGUGCCGAAGAGGUUAACCCGGUGGGUUGGAGCCCGGAGCUCCGCGGGCCGCCCUGUUAUAAAGCGCCCCGCCGGCAGCGCCCGGUGCGCACGGAGCCGCCGCGCCAUGGAGCCGCCGGGCACCGCCGGGGCACCGGGCGCGGCGGGGCGGCCCUGGGAGGACGCCAAGGCUUUCUACGACAACCUCGCCCCCAAGAAGAAACCCAAAUCGCCGAAGCCCGAGAAUGCCAUCACCAUCGCGGUGUCGUCGCGGGCGCUUUUCCGCAUGGAGGAGGAGCAGAAGAUUUACAACGAGCAAGGGGUGGAGGCCUACGUGAAAUACCAGCUGGACCAUGAGAACGAGCCCUUCCUCCCCGGGGCUGCCUUCCCCUUCGUCAAGGCGCUGGAAGCGGUGAACACGCAGCUGCGCGAGCUCUACCCCGACAGCGAGGAGCUCUUCGACAUCGUCCUCAUGACCAACAACCACGCGCAGGUCGGGGUGCGGCUGAUCAACAGCAUCAACCACUACGAUCUGUUCAUCGAGAGGUUCUGCAUGACGGGAGGGAACAGCCCCAUCUGUUACCUCAAGGCUUACCACACCAACCUCUACCUCUCCUCCGACGCCGAGAAAGUGAGUGGGGCCAUUGAAGAGGGGAUUGCCGCAGCCACCAUCUUCAGCCCCAGCAAAGACCUGGAGGUGUCGGAGAACCAGCUGCGGGUGGCGUUCGACGGUGACGCCGUGCUCUUCUCGGAUGAGUCGGAGCAGAUCGUGAAGGCUCACGGCCUGGAUAUGUUCUUUGAGCAUGAAAAGGCUCACGAGAACAAGCCUCUGGCACAGGGACCCCUGAAGGGCUUCCUGGAGGCCCUGGGGAAGCUGCAGAAGAAGUUCUACUCCAAGGGGCUGAGGAUGGAGUGUCCCAUCCGCACCUACCUGGUGACAGCCCGCAGCGCCGCCAGCUCGGGAGCCCGGGCCCUAAAGACUCUGCGCAGCUGGGGCCUGGAGACGGACGAGGCGCUGUUCCUGGCCGGGGCUCCCAAGGGGCCGCUGCUGAAGAAGAUCCGGCCCCACAUCUUCUUCGACGACCAGAUGUUCCACGUGGAGGGAGCCAAGGAGAUGGGCACCGUUGCUGCCCACGUCCCCUACGGCGUCGCCCAGAAGCACAAGCGGCCGGCGCAGGAGAAGCAGCCCCAGAACAGCAAGUAGGGAACAGCACGCGCGGAGCUGGGCCGAUCCUGGUGGGAGCCCAGUGCAGGAGGAGGAGGAGGAGGAGGCUGCCGCAGCCUCCUUCAGCCUCGGUGUUUUUGCGGUGUCCUGACGUUGUCCCCUUCCCUCGUGCUGCCUCCCGCGAGGCGCUUCCCCCUUCGUCCGCACUUGCUUCUCUCGAGGACGGGUCUUGGUUUUUGUGCGCUGCUCAGGCCGGGCAGGUUUCACCUUAUUGACCCUUCUUCAAACCCCGGGUGAUUUCCAAAAGUUUUGAUUUAAAGAGCCAAUUUUCAGGGUGAGCUGUUGAACUGGAAAGUUAGGAACACACACAAAAAAAAACACCUUUCGUGCAGCUUUGAAGCAAAAUGCCGUCCCUUUGCACUAAAGUGAACCCCUAACUUUGUUCCCUUGCUGGGAAACCCAAGGGAGAUCCGGCACCUGCUCCCCAAGGAGAAAACCUCUCACGGCUUUGUCCUCCCACCAAGGUUUUGUCAGCUGCACAGCUUUUCUUUCAUACACUGGAAUUCGGAAAAAUAGAAACAAACACAUAUUAAAAAAACAAAACAACAAACAUUUAUCUGCUUGGAGCUUUGGGCCAGUGUGCCAUGGGCCCAGGUUUUUAAAUGUGGGUUCCACGGCUGGAUGAGUUGGCACUAAAAAAAACAUCUCGGUAAGACAUCCAAAGCCCAACUCUUGCGUGUGCCUUCCAGGGUCUGCAGACACAAGCCCAGGGCUUGAGUUAAGGUAAAAGCAGGCCCCAACAUAUUAGGGACAUCAUUUGAAAUCCAUUUAGAUAAAUCUGCAGAGAAUUUCAGCCUUGGGGGUUUAAUUAAAGGAUUUUUUCCCCUCUCUAAGCUGAGCCUGUAGGAAUUGGCAAUCUUUUUCUCCUCAGCUUCUUAAAACCUCUAGUGUUUCCUAAAAUAGACACCUCUGCUCGUGAUGCUGUGAGAAAGAACCAAAUCUCUGAUUAAAAAUCAGGAAGAGAAACCAAUUGGAGUGCUGCUCCAAAAUCCCUGUGAAAACCACACUGACAUUACUGCACAAAGCCAUGUCCCGAAGGACACACUCAGGAUGAAAAUGUAAAGAAUACCACUGCUGUGUUUUGCUUUAUUAUUAUUAUUAUUUUUACUUCUUCAAGGCAGAGCAUGCCACGGUUGGGCACAAAGGGUGCCCAUGGGUAUCAGAUGGUAUUUUCAGUUGCUUCCAACUUUGCAAAUGCCAGUUCCAUGGGCUGAAGUUUUCCCAGGUAUUUGUCUGUCCCUGGCUUGACUUUGCUUCAGCUAAAAGCUCAGCCUUUCCCAGCCAUGAGGCUGGAGUGGUUAUUGCGCUUCUGACAAAUACCCCAACAAGCUAACGAUACCCUCAUCGGCCCUGCAGACUGUUUUCUCAUUGCACUAAAUCCUGCUCUAGCAGUGAAAAACAAAUUGCACUUUUCCACUCCCCGACUCCUUCACCUUGACAGACUGUUAUUUGUCACACCUGGGUGACAAACGCCUCGGAGGAAGGUCUGAGAUCCAAACAAAAAGAAGGCUUGAAAGCAAUGAGUAUUGCAGUAACACAUCUGUUAAUGUACAGGUCUAUAAAAAGGUCCUGUUUUUUUGUUGUUUUUUUUUUUAAUGUGAACCCCAGAUACUGGGAUCUGAGCGGUAUCUCGCAGCCCUUUUUGGCAGAGGCGGGGGAUAACAGCCUGGCCUCCCAGUAAACAUUUCCAAGGUGUUUCCUGAAGAUCCCAUUUUGGAAGCCUGGCCAAGCUCAGCUCGCAGAGGCUCCUGCCAGACUGGGAGGUGACGUUGCGAGGGGAACGGCAUCACCAGUGAGCCCUCGGGAGGCAAGGCUGGUGGGAUGGGAUGGGAUGGGAUGGGAUGGCCUUGGGAUGUGCAGGGAGCUGGGCACGAGCCCGAGGGCAGCAGCACAGUGUGGGCAGCUGUGUUAGGGACUCUGCUUAGGGUCUGCCUGCUGCCAGGGCAGCUCGGGGGACAUGGGGCUCGGGAAACGCUCCCCAGGUGAGACAAGCCCCCUUUGCACCUCCUGCAUCCCUCCUGCACUGGGAGGAUUUUAGGAUUUUCCCUUCCCGCGAUGGCUGCUCCGUUUGCUUUCACCCGUGUGGCUUCCGACGUGUUUUUUCUCCUCCACCACUGACCGGCGGGCGUGGGUUUGCUGCUUGUGUCCUGUCCUCGUGUGCCCGUCCGUGCCGCCUGCCGGGGCUGGCUGUGUCUGACCGCCCGUGCGGCCGUGCCUUUUGUUCCGCGCUGGCCACCAAAUGGACUUCCCUGCUGCAUGUCACUGCUGCGAGUUUCACCUCAUUGUUCUCCAGUGUUUCUUCUUGUAAACGAACUGCCAUGAUAAUGAAACCCCUUUGGGUGUUUUUCUGUAAUAAACUGUGUUGGUCCCAGCCCGA